AAAAUGGAAGACAAAAAAAAGAAAGAAAACACAAGAGUAACAAAGAGUCAUACAUACUUUACCAAAUAACAAAUCGAUACGGAAUUUCAAUAUCCUGUUUAUAAAUAGAGAACAUCUAUAAUUUUUCUCACCUUCCCUCUCUCUUUUAUUAUUAUUAUUAUUAUUAUUAUUAUUAUUAUUUUAGAGUUAUGUCUACAGAACUAUCGAUUUCAAAAGAGAAGCCUUUGUUAUAUACCAAAGAUAGACUACUAAGGCUUUAUGGUCUUGAUCUGUUUGCUGCAUUUUCUUCUGCUGCUAUGGUUUCACCUUUUAUUGCUAUUGUAGACAGAUCGAUUAUUGAAAAUUUAAACGGUAAAAGACAAUUAACAGAUGGCUUAAAAUACGGCUUGCGUUCAUUUCUGUCAAAUCCUUUUCAAUUUACUGUAUCACCACAAUUCCGUAUUGUACUCGGUCUCUAUUUCUCAACUUAUACAACGGCUAAUCUUGUCGAAACAACCUGUGAAAACUAUUCAGUAGAUCCUGUCAAGACAUCUUUAUAUAAAUUUAUCACAACCAGCAUAACCAAUAUUGGUUUAUGUGUCUAUAAGGAUAAAGUGUUUGCUCGUAUGUUUGGUGUGACUGCCUCAAGAGCAUUGCCUAAGCUAUCUUACUUUUUAUUUGCUGCCAGAGAUUCAUUGACGAUUGCUGCUAGUUUUACAGCACCUCCUUAUAUUGCUAGUUGGCUUCAACAGACUGCCUCUUUCAGCCAGAAAUCAUCUCAGGUAGCAGCUCAACUUGCUUGCCCUGCUAUUGUUCAAUUAGCAAGCACACCUGUUCAUCUGUAUGCAUUGGACAUCUAUAAUCGCCCUGGUGCCACCAUAGCCAAUCGUACAUUUCUUAUCCGUAAAGAAUAUCUCAAGAGUACAUUAGCCCGUAUUGGUCGUAUUGGUCCUGCAUUUGUAUUGGUGGUGUUGGCAAUACGUUUAUUAGAAGUUACAGAUCACGUAUAUAAAUUAUUUAAUAGAAUCUUUUUCGCACUUCUUCAUUUGUGAGGUACUUGUGAGUCACAAAUGUCACUAGUCCAUGCUUCCAUAAGAUAGCCAUGACUGAGCCUUGUUUAUGGUUCUUGCAAAAUGAGAUACCAAGUGGUUGACUAUCUAUAGCAGUAACAGACAUUGCAGUGUUGUCCAUACAUACGCUUGAUCCAUGAACAUAGCCACUAGAAUAAACGAAUAAAUGAGACGAAUACGAUCUCAUUCUGACUUACAUAGGGAAAAGAAUAGGCUCUGUAUUCAAAUUAAGAGGUGAGUCUUGUUUAAGUGAAUACAAGGCAAUCAAUGGUGUAUUUUCAAAAGCAAUAGCCAAUCUGGAGCCAUCCAGACUAAUAUCGCGAAUCACACCACCAGCUUGAUCUGCUCUCUAGAUUCAGUCGUGACAGUAGUGACUGGCAAAGAAGCCAAUGGAUGAUCCACAACACUAUGGAUCUGCUUACCACUCAUGAAUAACAC